AUGCCUUUCCUGCCAAGGAGGGAAAGGAGGGCCUGUUUCCUGGAAUCUCAUCUCACUGGGAAGCAGCUUCUAAAUGGCAAAAGCAACGAAAGGCAGAACAUUGCUUCAAGCGGCGGGGUUCCCUCAAGAGAAGCGCAGAUUUCCCUCCUAGCAAAACUGCAGGGCCCCCUGCACGCUGCGGGCGGCGGCCACCCUCAGCCCUCCCCGGGGCUCUCCAACCGGGGCGGCCCCGAGGGCGGAGCGGGAGCUGGCGGCGCCGCGGUCGGCCCGCCCAGAGGUCCUACCCGAGCAGCGAGCCCGGGAGGAGGAGAAAGAGGAAGAGCAAGAGCCCGCAGCGCUCCUCGCCGAGCAGAGCAGAGCGAGGGCAGUCUGAGGCGGUGCCGCCCCGCGCCCGCCCAGAGCGGGGCGGGAGGAGGCCGGGCCGGGCCCGCCGCGGCCAUGGCGGAGGAAGGAGCGGCCAAGCUGCGCCUCAAGCCCAGGAAGGCGCCGGCGGCCUGCAGCCGGGAGCCGAGUCCUGGCCGGGAGCCCCCGCGGCGGCGCCAGUCAGUGACUGACAGAUGCCCCUGGUUUGAAAAAGAUGACUUAAACGAGUGUGAGAAAACAUGGAUUUUGUUAAUGCAAGACAUGGGUCAAGACCUGCAAUGCACAAACUGGCAAAUGGUGCCCAGUUUUCCAGAGUUCCUGGGAAAGAGUUCCAGGGAAGAGAGUCCACAAAAACAAGAGGUCUUUACACUUGGAGGGAAAGACUUUCAGUGGGUGCCAUUCCCAUCUUUUUGCAAAGAAAAAUGUCUAAACCUUGAGGACCUUCACUCCCAGCAGCUGGCACAGAGCCAGACUGAUCCUGUACACAGUGGAGAGGGCCAAGCAGAUGAACUGAAAAGUUUGCCUUCCCCAGCUGAGAAAGCAGGCUGUGUAACUGCUACAGCUCAAGCCAAAACUAUGGUGGAGGAAGACACAGAAGAUAUUUCAGAACUGGGUGCAAGUCCUAAAUCCUGUAAAGCCACUCAACAGACAAGCUCCACACACCCCUCAGCCUUGUCACAGAGCUCUGCAAAAGCUUCUAGCUUGCAGCAGCACUAUAGAGGGACUGUACAGAACAGAAGGGAAAACAAGAAAGGUGAUGAUAGAAAAGACCUUCAAACACAAACACAUCAAGGGAAGAUUUCAUUCGGUGUGCCUGCAGAAAAACCUCUUGUGAGCACUCCUGGAACUGAAAGCUGUGAGGAGAUGGAAAAUCAGGGUGGAGGAUCCUCAGCUCUUGAGAGUUGCCCAAUGUGUCUGAUGCGGUUUAGUGGAACGCUGUCACAGCUGGAUAUUGAUGGCCAUCUUGCUAGGUGCUUGGCUGAGAGUGCAGAUGAUGUCAUGUGGUAAGUCCAGAACAAGGAGCAAAGGAACAAGGCCAAGGCUGAACCUUUCUCAAAGGAAAAGGAAAAAUGUGUCAAGGAAGAAGAUCCUUCUCUCAGACUUGCUUAAGGAUCAUAAACCAAUAACUCAACAGAAGGUCAAGUACCACCUCUGUGCUUGGGGUCUGAAUAUGGUGCUAGAGGAUGUCCCAGCAGCCCCCAGGGAGUCAAUCUUGGUACAGCUGAGAAAAAUAUGCUGCUGUAAAUCCCUGCAGGGUUUCUGCCUGAGCACCUGAGAGCUGCUUUUAGCUACCAGGUUUUCAGAAACUCAUCUACUAUUUCAGAACUAGCUUCACAGGAGCAGGUAGACAUUUUCUACCUGGGAGAGGCAGCCUUUUCCAGGAAUAAAUGACACUGGCAGCAAAAGGAAGGGCUGGAAUGAACUGUUCCUUUCCCCCAAGUACAGUGAAUUGUUUACUGACCAGGCUGUCUCACUCCUGCAGGACACCACAGCUCCAGGCACAGCCUGACUGCUCCAAUUAGCUCCUUGUCACAGCACUACACGCAAGCAGCACACUUGGGCUUGUUUCAGCUGUUCUGACCACAACUGCCUUCACACACAGGGAAGAGAAGGGAAGCUCAGAUUAGCAAACUUCAGUACACAAACAGGUUUGUCUGAACAAACUGUGCCCUGCACCUCAGAAACAGAGCUCAGGUGUGUGUGACCCAAAGCUACAGAAUAAACGCAGAAAUGCAGCAGCAUCCAAACACAGGAGGAAUCCUAUGGAUUCCUUUUACAAACAGUGCAAGCUGGCCAGAGCUCAGGCUCCUGAGAAAUAAUAACAGUCUCUUAACUUUUUCAUUAAAGUCUUUAAUAGAUGUGCAAGAAUAUAAAUGAUCUCAGCUGUUAUGGAUUAGUAUACCAUCUUCUGCACAAUUAAAACUGGUCAGCAAAGAUCCCAACUAAUUAAUUAUACAAAACUACAAGAACAUAUUUACUGUUUUACAAUCAUUAAAUUAGCUAGAAUUUUCAUUUACUAUUUCAAAUAAGACAACUAUAUAUCAUUACCAGAUCCAUUUGUAAUAUAUUAGGAUUUGUUUUUGUUUUUUUUUUUUUUUUGUUUUUCAAACCACACAUUUAAUUACAUCCUUCAUUUUUUUCCUUUUAUUUAUAAAACAAGUACUUUUAUAUAAAAAAAUUCCCCUUCAUCAUGAACAGAACAUUUCAAACACUUGCACGUGAGCAACCAAACUCGUAUCCAGCAAACUAUUUGGCAACACAGCAACAUUGUAAAUGCCUGUAAGGUUUUUAAAUAAAAUCAAGUAGUCUUUACAA